AUGAAGCCAGUGAAAUCAGCAGACCAGAAUUGCGUGCCAACCGAGGAAGAAUUAGAAGAAGCGCCGAAGUUUGGAUCAUUAGAAUGGAUACAUUUUUGGAGCACUUAUGAAGGCCAUCUUCCAACUCCUAUAGAUAUAUCCAUUACAGGGUCUUUACGUUAUAUUUGCCCUGAAUUAAAAUGGUACAACUUUGACGUUUAUCCCCAUAAAGUAAAGAUGACAAAUACUGGAUUCACAGUAGUCAUCGGUGCAAAAUGGAGAACAGAACGACCCUAUCUAGAAGGUGGACCAUUUCUAGAAAAGCAUAUUCUGUCUCAAAUACAUUUUCAUUGGGGAGCUGACAUGAUGGAAGGCAGCGAUCACACGGUUGAUAAAAGAAGACACCCUGCUGAAAUGCAAGUCACAUUCUUCCGUUCAGAAUAUUUGACUCAAGAAGAGGCUUUUAAGCAUCCUGACGGAGUAGUCAUGAUUUGCUACCUAAUAAAGUAUGGUGUUAACAGUGAUGCAAGGUUAAGCUGGGUUCUUGAAGGAUUUCCGAGAAUUAGGGAGCCGCACACAAACACCCGUAUUGGUCCUUAUCCUAUGUCACACUUGUUGCCGAUGUUUUACGAAGACUAUUUUCUUUAUUGGGGCAGACUAGAUACCAGUAAAGGUGAAACAUUUGUGUUAAGAUGGUUAGUUCCCCGAACAAACUUGUUUGCAUCGUUUGAACAGAUGAUGGCCUUCCGCAAAAUAUGGGAUGCUUGGGAUGAACCCCUCUUACGAAACUUUAGGCCCCUCCAACCACGAAGAAAUCGACAUGUUUUCUUUAUAAGCCCUCACUGGAGUCAGUAUAACUCUUUACUACCCAUACCUAGAGUACCAGAAGAAUCCAUCUCGAUUUUAUCGCCUGAAUAUCAAACGAAGCUUUGGAUGUUGCCUCCACAAAAUGCCUACAUGUUACCACAAGAAGAAAAACAAGUAGAAGAAACUGCUGAUAAAAAUGAAGAGCUGGAUUAA